UUUUAAAUUCGAGAUUUUUAUUUAUUGUCCGCCUUCCCGGAACCGCAGCUGCCUCGCUGCCCCGGUGCUGCUGCUGCUGCCCCCCUCCCACCCGCCGAGCGCCGCCGACGCCUCCGCCGAUGGACCGGGAACAAGUGACGGAGUUCCUGGGCCAGGUGCCGCUCCUGCAGUGCCUCCCCGGCUCCUCCAUCCGCAGGAUCGCCGAGGCCGUCCAGGUCAAGCACUACGAACCUGGUGAUUAUGUCGCCCGUGAAGGUGAACCCGUGGAUGGCCUUUGCAUCAUAUUGGAUGGGCAGGUAUUGGUCAUGCUAGUUCUUGCUUCACUUAUUUACAGAGACACCUUUCUUUGACAGAAUGGCAGAGUUCAUUAUAAUGCUGCUGUUCACUAUGAGAGGUCCUGAUUACUAUCUGAAAAACAAUACUAUAUCAGCAAAUUUGAAUGGGUUGGGUGCUUCAUUUUCGGCAUUACAGAUAGAAGAUCAUUCGUUGGCCUACUCGUAGGCUUGUAAAUAACUUUUUUCUAUUUGUCAUCAAUGCAUCGAUAAGCGAGGCUUUUUGCGAUUUCUCAAAAUGAUGAAACAUAAUUUGUUACAAGAAC